AUGAUGUAUCAUACCGUUCGUAUUCGUGAUCUUCAACCACAACCAUCCGUGGCUGGUGCUGAGCGAACAAGCACUCGUUCUAAACGAAAAACUUCAACUAUGUCCGAGCAGUUUUGGAAAAAAUCAAUCAAGAAAUCGUCUGACUUUAACGGUUAUAACUAUAGUGACGAUGAUGGCGAUUAUAUGAACUACUUAGAUUGUGAGAAAUAUCGUCAAAUUUACUUUGAAGCAAAUGGCCCUCAUACACACCUUGUCGAGGGAGGACAUGCUUUAUUCGAAGCUUAUUUUGCUGCUUAUAAUGCACAUGAAGAUAUUGUACUGUCGCCUGAUGAUAUUUGGCUCAUGAUUACCAUCUAUUAUUCUCGUUAUGUUGAUGAUAAUGCAGAACAGAUGCGACAUUUGUUUGUCGAUCAUGAAGGCCAGAAGGAACUUGUUGUUGAAAUUAUGCGCAUGGAACCCGAAGAUUUUGGUAUUUAUCUCGAUGGAGUCUUACCUAUAUUGGAUCAAUUUAUUCGCACCUAUAAAGGUGAUGUUGAUAAUGACUUCUGGGAUACAAUAUUCGAUUAUACGAAAGUUGGUGUGUAUGGCCCUUCAGGCAUGAAUCGCAGAAAAGUGGACGGUUUACGUGGUUGGUUUCUUCGCCUUUGUUAUGGUUAUCAUCUGCCAUCCAAUUCAGAUGGUGCAGUUUUGAAUAAAAUUAAACUAGAUGCUGUUUCUGUGCCCGUAAAGUUGGUUGAGUUGCCCAAAGGUGGUAAAGAAUCAUCGUGUCAUGUUGUCGGUGGCUUUCAUGGAAUCCAUUCAUCAGAAGAUGGUAAACAUCGGCCAAUCAUGAGUUUUUCCGUCUUCCAAGAAAAAGAUGGAAAAUGA